GGAAAAAAACACGUGGGAAGUCGCGUUGCUGUGAAGUUUACUGAAACAUGGCGGGCUUGGAGCUGCUCACUGAUCAAGGAUACCGCCUGGACGGAAGAAAAGCCACCGAACUGCGGAAAGUUCAGGCCCGCAUGGGAGUGUUUGCCCAGGCCGACGGAUCUGCUUAUUUAGAGCAAGGAAACACCAAGGCUCUGGCUGUGGUCUACGGUCCGCACGAAAUGCGGGGAUCCAGAAGUCGGGCUCUUCACGAUCGAGCUGUUAUCAACUGCCAGUACAGCAUGGCCACGUUCAGCACAGCUGAGAGGAAGAGGAGACCGCACGGAGAUCGCAAAUCCACCGAGAUGAGUCUCCACCUGAAGCAGACAUUUGAAGCUGCUGUGAUGACACAGCUCUUCCCGCGCUCUCAGAUAGACAUCUAUGUGAAGAUUCUACAAUCAGAUGGAGGGAACUACAGCGUGUGUGUGAAUGCAGCCACCCUGGCGGUCAUUGAUGCAGGCAUCCCCAUGAGAGACUAUGUCUGUGCCUGCACUGUAGGCUUUGUCGACGAGACUCCGCUUGCUGACCUUUGCUACGCCGAGGAGAGUGGAGGAGUGAGCUCUCUGGCUUUGGCGUUGCUGCCCCGGGGAGGACAGAUCGCUCUUGUUCAGAUGGAUGCCCGACUUCAUCAGGACCACCUCGAAACCCUGAUCGAAGCUGCAAUGACUGCUUGUAAAGGUGUGAGCAAGGUGCUGGACGAGGUGGUGAGGCAGCAUCUCCAAGAAGCGUCGGUGCUCUCCAGAGAGUAACAAGUUUCUUUUAUAACUUUUGUACAUUGAUAAGCCAAACUGUAAAUGAAAGCUAUCUACAGCAAUGUGUCUAUUAGUCACAAUAUUUUCUGAAAGUUUAUUAUUUUAUAUUCAUCAUAAGCAACCUCCCCAUUUCUUUUCCAAUUUACGGAGGCAAGGAGUUGCUCUUAUCUUAAUUAUCAUUUUAAGUAUCAUUUUGUUUCUGUGUUACUAAGAGGCUGUUUUUAAUUGUAUUGUGCUGUUUAUGAAGUUGCAGUAACAAAAUGAAUACAUUUGUUGCCUUGUGGUUUGAGUCAAGUGUACAUAUCACGUCUGAAUAUACAAUUUUCUUUUUUUUACAUAGGCUGUAUGUCCAAAAUUAGAUCAAAGCAAAGAACUUUAAACAGGUGUAGCAUCUUUCAAAUACGAUCAGUUAAAACUUGAAACCUCUAAGCUGUAUGUGAACCGACAGAUGAAUGCUGCAUGGCUUAGAAACACGAUAAAUAUAAGGAUUUUUCAAUAUCCUUCAACACAUAAUUCUCUGAAUAAAGGAUACAAUCAGA